AUGUCUUACGCCGACGCCGCUGCCAAGGGCCCCAAGCAGUCGCCCGAAGAAGUAAGUGCGCCAGUCGUUGGAGGAAAUCGCGCACCCGAAUUGGGCGGCAUCUACAAGGACGAAUCGGAGAGCACGGCCUCGCUGAUCGAUGUCGACUCCCCACACGUCACUGCGGUCGAUUCCGACUUCCUGAACCAGGAGGUGAAGACCACCACGCAGGCCGACCGCCUCGAGCGGGAGGCUGCCGAGCAGGAGAAGAAGCGCGCCGAGGAAGAGUCCAACAAGAAGGUGAAGGCUCGCAAGGCGAAGAGCAGCGGUCUCGGGCCCAACUCGGACAACCCCGUCUAUAUCGGAAAUGCUUUGCUGUACACCCUGGUCGGUGCUGGUCUGGGCUUCGGUGCCUACCACAAGCACGCGCAAGGCAAGCUCUCCUGGGAGACCGUCGGACUGUGGUCUGGUGCCGUGGGCGCGCUCGGUGUGGUCGACUACUUUGUCAGCAAGUGGUUCCUGCAGAACAAAUACCCUCCCAAAUAG